GUCUUGGCAACGCUGCCCGUACCAAGUCCAAACAAAUCCAACCCGUGUGCUCCAAGAGAAACGGCCCGGACGGCAACGAAGCGUGUACGGUGUGACCUUUAAGAGGACGCAUACAGCCCCUCAUUCUCUUCAAACUACAAACGAACCAGAUUGACAGGAUCAACUACGUUCCUUCGUACUACACCCCCAGCUACAAGUCACCGAUAAGCAUCCAGGAGACACCUUCGAGAGGAAAGUUAAGACUACAAGAUGGCCACUCCGACGACAGAUCUCGCAACGGCCGCUACCGACCUCGCUGAAGCAACCUCCGCCAUAUCCGCCGCCCAAGCAACAGCCUCCGCACUGUCCUCCACCCUCGACAAAAUCAAAUACGCCUGGUCUUCCCCCGACCACUGCGUCCACGAGAAUUGGUGCAGAAUUCCGGCCAUCAUUAUCAUCGUCAUCGGUAUCUCCGUCCUCAUCUCGUUGAUUUGUUGUAUCCGGGGUUUGAUCGCGUGUUGCUGUUGUUGUUGUCAGUCGUGUUGUACCGGACGUGGGAGUCCGCGUGGUCGAAGCCGGACUCAAAGUUUUGGAACGCCGUAUACGCAGCCGCAGCCUAUCAACGUAUACACUCAACCCGCACCCGUACAAUCUCCACGCGCAGACUACCUACCAAGCAUGCCAGCAAGCUGGAGUGGAUACAAUAAAGUCGAUACGAAUCCGAAUGCGCAUGCGCAUGCGGCGGACAAUGGGUAUGGACAGAACAAGGGGUAUUAUGAGAUGAGUACUGUUCGAGCGACGAGUCCCGGGCAGCCGCCGUCGUAUAACUCGAGGAACAACAGUUAUAAUGCGGCGUAUGCGGCGUAUGGGGCUCCUGAGGCGUACGGUGAGGCGCCGCAUCGGGGAGGAUAUGGCGGGCAGGAUGCAUAUAGCAACAAUUAUGGGAGACACGCAGCCGUGUAAGGAGUUAGUGAGGCUUGAAUUGUGAAGACCGUGAAGAUGGAGGGGUGAUGAUAGGGACGUCAAGGGCUUGGAGUUCGGGAUCUUGCUUUUCUA